GCACGGAGCGCCGGGUUACGCGCCGACGUCUGGCUGCCACGACUCGCCGUGGCGGCGGCGGCGGCGAGCGGAUCCCGCUAGGGCAGGAGGAGAGAGAGGGAGAGAGAGAGCUGACGGGGGCUGUGAGUGAGCGGGAGGAGCGGGGUGUCAGCCCGGCCGGCCCGCGGGAGCGAAAGCCAGAGCGAACGAGGCCCCGAGCCCGCCGCGCGGCCGCCGCCUCCGCCUCCUCCCCUCCCCUCGCGCGCGGCCCGCCCCCGCCCCCGCCCGCAGCCCGCCCUCCUCGCGGCUCAGCCCGCAGAGCCCGAGCGAGGCGCCGUUCGGCUCGCGCGCCGUCCAGAACAGGUGUGCGCGCGCCUCCCCCCUCCCUCCCUCCCUCCCUUCUCCUCCUCGCGCCCGCCUCGCGCGCGCCGGCCUCCCUCCAGCCUGCGCCCUCCCUCACCUGCGGCAGGACAGCGCCCGCCAGCCCGCCCGCCCCGAUCUCGCGAGAGUGGCUGACUGGCUGUGGGGGUUGCGGCGGCAGCAGGCGGAGCCGGGGAGGGAAAGCAGCGGCGGCUGAGGCGACUGAGGCGGCGGGCGGAGCGGCAGGCGGCGGCGGAGCGCAGCAUCAUGGCGGACCGAGACAGCGGCAGCGAGCAGGGUGGUGCGGCGCUGGGCUCGGGCGGCUCCCUAGGGCACCCGGGCUCGGGCUCAGGCUCCGGCGGGGGCGGUGGUGGCGGCGGGGGCGGCGGCGGCAGUGGCGGCGGCGGCGGGGCCCCGGGGGGGCUGCAGCACGAGACGCAGGAGCUGGCCUCCAAGCGGGUGGACAUCCAGAACAAGCGUUUCUACCUGGACGUGAAGCAGAACGCUAAGGGCCGUUUCCUGAAGAUCGCAGAGGUGGGCGCUGGUGGCAACAAGAGCCGCCUCACCCUCUCCAUGUCUGUGGCCGUGGAGUUCCGCGACUACCUGGGCGACUUCAUCGAGCACUACGCGCAGCUGGGCCCCAGCCAGCCGCCCGACCUGGCCCAGGCACAGGACGAGCCACGCCGGGCGCUCAAGAGCGAGUUCCUGGUGCGCGAAAACCGCAAGUACUACAUGGAUCUCAAGGAGAACCAGCGCGGCCGCUUCCUGCGCAUCCGCCAGACAGUCAACCGGGGGCCCGGCCUGGGCUCCACGCAGGGCCAGACCAUUGCGCUGCCCGCACAGGGGCUCAUCGAGUUCCGUGACGCUCUGGCCAAGCUCAUCGACGACUAUGGAGUGGAGGAGGAGCCGGCCGAGCUGCCCGAGGGCACCUCCUUGACUGUGGACAACAAGCGCUUCUUCUUCGACGUGGGUUCCAACAAGUACGGCGUGUUUAUGCGAGUGAGUGAGGUGAAGCCCACCUACCGCAACUCCAUCACCGUGCCCUACAAGGUGUGGGCCAAGUUCGGACACACCUUCUGCAAGUACUCCGAGGAGAUGAAGAAGAUUCAAGAGAAGCAGAGGGAGAAGCGGGCCGCCUGUGAGCAGCUCCACCAGCAGCAACAGCAGCAGCAAGAGGAGACCACCGCUGCCACCCUGCUACUGCAGGGCGAGGAAGAAGGGGAAGAAGAUUGAUCAAACUGAAUGAAACACACACACACACACACACACGCAUACACAUACGUGUACACACACACACACACAGCCACACACAGAGAAAAUAUACUGUAAAGAGAGAAAAUAAAAAGUUAAAAAAAAAAAAAACUCCAAGGGAGCACCACCCACAGAACCUCCACCAACUGACAGUUUCUCUUCUUGACUUGCCACCCAUCGCUGGAUGUUGUCCACUUUAUCCACCAUAUAAAACAGUAAGCAGCUGCUAAAACAAAAAACAAAAAAAAUAUACAAAAAGUAAUAACAUUAUAUGAACUGUGUUUCCUACUUGAUUAAAAAAUAUAAAGAACUGAGUGUUUAUUUCCCUAAUUAACCAAGAACUUUUGUACACGUUUAAGCUAUUAUUAUUAAAAGUGUUUGCAAAAUGGUCAAGAUUAUAAUAUUGCUGAAUUAUAUAAAAAGUCCUUUUCAUGUUGAGCUAACAUUUGACUUUAGCACAAAAAAAAGAGAUAUUUUAGAACACGUAAAAUAAUAUUUUUAGUUUUUCUCAUUUUGUUACCAAAUUUCAAACCUUACAUGGAGGUUAUUAUAGUAUAUUUGACAUCCUAUAUACCUGUGAUUAGAGAUGUGUAUAUAUAUGAGGGCUAGGCAUGCUGUGUGUCUGAGCUUUGUCUAAAUGUUAUGCAGAAGUUUGUAGAGUUCAAGGUACGUAGGUUUAAUUCAUGCAAGGUAAACAAUAAGUGCUCUCUUUUAUACAAUAUGCAUUGCAUCUGGACCUUAAACAUAUAAAAUGGUCAGUGAAACUUCUGUGAACAUGAAGAAAUUAUUAAAAAAGGCAUUUAAAUGAAAUUUGCUAAGUUGU